UAGUCUUUACCACAUAGUUAAAAAAUAAAAAUACACAGACUAGAAAAAGCAAUACAAAGAAGCAACGACAAAUUCAGUGUUAAAUGUCAAACUUUGCGUCAAAUGUCGUCAGAUCUGUUGCUGUCAAGUUUGUCGAGUUUUGUUUUGAUAUUUAUCAAUUAGACAAAGUUUAAAACUUCGAUUACGAAACAUUAGGAUAAAUGAUAUAGCUCUCGUAAUUGCCUUCUCUGUUCUAUAAUAUAAGUCCUUAAACAUGGGUCGGAAAGUGACGGUGGCUGUUUGUACGCUGAACCAAUGGGCUCUUGACUUCGAAGGGAACAUGAAUCGAAUAUUACAAUCAAUACAAGAAGCUAAGGAAAUGGGCGCCCUCUAUCGCACUGGACCUGAGUUGGAGAUAUGUGGCUACAGUUGUGAAGAUCAUUUCCAUGAGCCGGACACAUACUUGCACAGUUGGCAAGUGCUGGCCGAGUUGCUCAAGUCACCAACUUGCAAAGAUAUGUUGGUCGAUGUCGGUAUGCCGGUGCAACAUCGCAACGUGUCGUACAACUGUCGCGUGGCUUUCUAUAAUAAGAAGAUACUGCUCAUCAGGCCUAAGAUGAUGCUGUGUGAGGACGGGAAUUAUAGAGAGACGAGAUGGUUUUCUUGUUGGACCAAGGAACGUCAAACUGAAGAUUACUAUUUACCGAGAAUGAUAUCGGCGAUCACGAAUCAGUCGACAGUGCCCAUAGGCGAUGCAGUCAUUGCUACGAAAGACACGUGUAUUGGAUUUGAAAUAUGCGAAGAAUUGUGGAAUCCGCAAAGUCGCCACAUACCACUGAGCCUCGAUGGCGCCGAGAUCAUAGUGAACGGCUCGGGCAGCUACAUGGAACUGCGUAAGGCGUACGUGACGGUAGAUCUCGUCAAGAGCGCCACGUUCAAGAGCGGCGGCGCGUACUUGUUCAGUAAUCUGAGAGGCUGCGAUGGACAAAGGGUGUACUUCAACGGGUGUUCCUGCGUGGCUGUUAACGGACAGAUCGUCAGUCGGGGGUUGCAGUUCGCUUUGCAUGAUGUGGAAGUAAUUACAGCGACGAUAGAUCUAGAAGACAUCCGCUCGUACCGAGCUCAGAUUCGCUCCCGGUCUCACCUCGCCGCGUCCAACAAGCCGUUCCCCCGCGUCAACGUGGACUGUGCUCUGUCCGACGACGACGAUCUGUACCGAACCACCAGCGCCCCUAUAGAGUGGAAGUAUCUCACGCCUGAGGAGGAAAUUGAACUGGGUCCAGCGUGUUGGUUAUGGGAUUACUUGCGAAGGUCGGGUCAAGGUGGCUUCUUCCUACCGCUUAGUGGAGGAGUGGACUCCACCAGCACCGCCUGUAUUGUCUUUUCUAUGUGCACGCAGAUUUGCGAUGCCAUACAAAAAGGAGAAACACAAGUGCUUUACGACGUGCGUAAAAUCCUCUGCCAAUCAGACUACACGCCCACCGACCCGAUGGAGUUGUGCAACAGGUUACUGGUUACAUGUUACAUGGCCUCGGAAAAUUCUAGCACUGAGACCAAACAACGAGCGUCACAGCUGGCGAGUCAGAUAGGCAGCUAUCACUUCCCAAUCGUGAUCGACGCGGCGGUGAGCGCCGUCAUCGGCAUAUUCACGGCGGCCACCGGACUCAUACCCAAGUUCAGGAAUCGCGGCGGAUGUCCACGUCAGAACCUCGCUUUACAGAACAUCCAAGCGCGGCUGCGCAUGGUGCUGUCGUACCUGCUGGCGCAGCUGAUGCUGUGGGUGCGCGGGCGGCCCGGCGGCCUGCUCGUGCUGGGCUCCUCCAACGUCGACGAGGCGCUGCGCGGCUACCUCACCAAGUACGACUGCUCCAGCGCCGACAUCAACCCCAUCGGCGGCAUCUCCAAGACCGAUCUCAAGGCCUUCCUGCAGUAUGCUAAGAAUAGAUUUUUCCUACCGUCCCUAUCGGAGAUAUUAAACGCGCCGCCGACGGCCGAGCUGGAGCCUCUCUCUGACGGUCAGAUCACACAGACGGACGAACAGGACAUGGGCAUGACGUACGCGGAGCUGUCGGAGUUCGGACGGUUGAGGAAAACGAACAACUGCGGCCCGUACAGCAUGUUCCAGAAACUGGUGCACACCUGGCAUGAUAAGUGUACGCCGCAGGAGGUAGCGGAGAAAGUGAAGCACUUCUUCCGGUGCUACGCGAUCAAUCGCCACAAGAUGACGGUGCUGACGCCGUCGUACCACGCGGAGUCGUACAGCCCGGACGACAACCGGUUCGACCACCGGCCGUUCCUCUACCGCGUGCACUGGAACUGGCAGUUCAAAGCCAUCGAUGACGCUGUGUUACAAAUGACAAAGGACAAGCGUGGUGCGUCGCUUGAAAACAGAGUGAAGCAGGAAAUUGGCAAAUUAACUCCCAGCACCUCAUCCUCGAGUGUCAACACACCGUUCAUGCGAGGCGAUAGAAAAGGAGUUCUCAUAUAAUUCGUAAUUAUUAUUGACAACACAUUGCUAACGAAAAAGCCGGCGUCCAUGAGACUUUUUCUGGAAAGGUUGGCGAUGCACCCAUGAUCCUUGUAUUUUGGGUAUUUUUAGGAGUUCUUGCUUGUUUAGCAUUGUAACAGCUAUCGAUAUUAAAACACUUAAAAUAUUGUUCACGCGACAUGCUAAGGGCUCUUUCAGACUAGCUGCGCGGUUGCAGCGCGUCACCACGGCGGCGAACACGCGGCGAGGGUAAUCCACAUAACAAUGACUCUCAAGACUGCCGCGCUGACCUCGCGCGGCGUUUAGCGACAAACUGAAACCGCUCUUAGCUCUUUUACUUUAUCGUCGUUUGUUUUGUGGCAAUCGUUAUGCAUUUUCCCAAGCAACAUGGCUGCACCACUGUUGCCGCGGUGCAGCUGCGCAGGCGCUUAAAGGCGUCCUAAAUGUAGUAAGUUCCUUAAUAGACGACUAUGUUUUUGCACAAAAUGCUUAUUAAUACAAUUUGUGAUAGUAUCGUGUAAGAAUGUGGACAAAGAAAAAGACUAAACGUUAUUUUAUUAAACCAAUGAAUUAAUCGAUGUUCCUUUUAGAUCCUCAUGAUAAUAAUUCCCGAAUUAUCAGAACGUAAUUGUUUGCAGUAAGGAUAAGGUUAUCAGUGUACUAUUAAUGGUGGUGUUGUCAACACACAUUAUAUAAUUAUGUGAAGUAUAACUUACGUUUAUAUACGUCGACUAGAAUUUUAAGUGAUUUACACAAUUUAAUCAAAACAAUAUUUUUUAUUAUGUUGCUAUAACAAUAGCCACGGGAGAUCAGUGAAUGACUAAUAAAUGAUUGCAUUUAAAUCUUGCCAUAACAUAGAAAGCAAGCGGUAGAUAUGGCAUAUAAGCUGGUAUUUCACAGUUAGAAUAUUAAAUAAUAAAAUAUCAAAACGACUAAUCAGAAUAAAGUAUUUUUGACAUGCUAAUAGAUGAAUUAUUUUGAUAAGUUUAUUCGUGGGAUUAUUACAGAAUUAUCAACUGAGAAUGUUUAUUGAAAUCGAUUGAUAGGAGUCAAACAUUUGAACCAACGUUUGGUCCUACUUGGGAUCGUAUUGUCUGUAUGAAUGUAUACCACUAAAAGUCGGCAUUUUUUACUCUCUAGUUUACUGUACACGUACAAUAUGUAAUGUCGACAAAUCGUACAAAAUAUAUUUAAUACAAACUUGGAUAAUUAUAUAUAUAUUUUUAUACAAUAGUAACGACUUUAGUUGGGAUCUAUAAGUAAAACAGUUAGUCGUUUAAGGCAAAAAAGCGUCAGGGCCUUUGCAUACGAGGUUUUUUAAACGAUGACACAGUGGAACGUUGUUAGGACGCUCGGAAAACAAGACAGUCGACAAGUUGAAACCUUUACACUGGAUUCUUGCGUUUAUAUCCGGUAUAAACACGCAGAUCCGUCAAUACGGACGCAGUGUAUGUGGUAUACGCCUUUUAUUUUCCUCACAAACAUUCAGAUACGCCGAGCCUCUUAUUCCCCCCCCCCCUCUAGCCCCUCCCCCUUUCACGCUGGUUAGGCUGUAUGAAGCGCGUUUUAUUUGCGUUCGUAUUGAUAUAAACGCAUACAUCUGUUAAUACGCGCUGAUGACGCGUAAUUGACGAGCCAAUCAAAAGCACGUGUCAGCUCGGUUAAUAAAUGUAGUGUGCAAAGGCCCUAAGGUGGAGAAAAAAUAAUUGUGUACAUUAUUUGUCUAAUUAUAAUUUAAAUGUAAAUACUAAGUACUAACUGAAAACUAUGAUAUACAUUGUUUAAAAAAAACAUUUUCAUGUAAAAUCAUAUACUUUAAAGUAAAAAGUGUGUCGCAUAAAACAAUGUUUGAUAAUUAAAAAUAGUUUUAGUUUAAACAAAAACAAUAGUAUUAAUUGACGUAUUCGUAAAUGGUUUUUAUUAUUAUAACAUGAACACAUUUAUGCCGAAUUGCGUAUAUUUGCUCAACCGUUAAUAUUUCAUACUGUAUAAACCAGGUAUUCAAAUAAUGUGAAAUACUCAGUUCUUGAAGAUAUUAGUCAAUAGAAUUUGAGUUUUAAAUAUAACCUAGUUAAGGAAUAAACCUUUAAUUUUCUUAUUUGCAUAACAGCGCUGUAAGACUCAAGUCGUCUGCACAAGACAAGCUUUAAAUCAUUAUUUUCUUAUGAUUGUUUUAAAUGUAACAUAAUUAUUAAAUAUCAUGGCGUUUAAUUUUGUGU